CUUAAGUUCUGGUUACAAAAUAUGUACAGAUCAGGUAUUUUAAAACUGAAGAACCGAUUUUACUCAUGUUUUGGUUAUAAAAUAGGUAAAAAUCAGGUACUUUUAAACCGAAAAACCGACCGGGACCCGAACCCUAAAAUAUAUUGGGUUGUACCGGUUCUUUGAAGAUUUACUAACCCCGAUCCGAACCCGAUAGAACCCGAACCGCUCCGGAACCAAAUUUUCAUAUAAUCCGAAUGGGGCUGAUUUUGAUAAACCCGAAAAACCAAAACCCGAUUGGAUAAAACCGAAACCCGAUUGGGACCCGAAUGUCCAUGCCUUUAAAAAUCUUAUCGGGAAAUGACAAAGUCAAAUUUGUGCAAAUUUUUGGUCAAAUGUAAAAGUAAUGUCUAAUCAGAAAACAUUUCUAGAAAAAUUUACUAAAUUCUUUUUUGUUACAAAAGAAAUUACCUGAGUUCUAGAGAAAUCUUCUAUGAAAAUCAUUUUUGGUUAACCAAUUAGCGCAGAAGACAAAAAUCAUUUUAAAUUUUCAAAAAAUCUUAUUUAGUCGCGUCUCUCCCUCUCCUCCCUAGUCUUCCCCUCCAAACACUUUUGGAAUGUCAAUGUCAUUUUCCCAUGACGACCGGUGGGGCUCCGAUUUGGCUUCUGCCGGAGAAUUCACCCAAAGCUUUCCAUCGCUGGGGGCGACUUACUCACCUUCCUGUGGUGAAGAGCUCCUCGAGGUGACCAUUGAAUUUCCAAGCGGCGUGCUACUGAACAUCGACUCUGUUUCAACCACCGAUCCAGAGAUCACAUCUUGCUCCGCUUCCGGUUCAGGAUCGUCGGAGCGGCUGGUGGUGGCGAACGCAAAACAGUUCUCAAAAGAUUUGAAACGGAAGCUUCAGGCAGGCCAGGGAAUCUCACAGCGUGAUGGCGGCGGUUACUCGUGCCGGUCCGCGCCGGAGCCGGUGGUUCCACACGGAGGCGAAACCCCCGAUGCGCUUAUGUUAUGUCGUUCCGUAACAAAGAGACUUAACCGGAAUGGUUCAUGCACGCAGAGAGCGAUUCACGGUUUGAGAUUCAUCAGCAGCAAAGAGAACGAGAUCGCUGCCUGGAGUGAAGUUCGUGACAAAUUCGCUAACCUGUCGAAAGACGGUUAUCUUUGUCGGAGCGAUUUCGGUCGUUGCAUAGGGCUGGAAAAUGAAAAUUCGAAAGAGUUUGCAGAGGAGUUGUUCGACGCACUGUGCAGAAGAAGAAGUAUAAUGGUCGAUAAGAUCACCCUUCAAGAACUAUACGAGUUUUGGUACCAAAUUGCAGACGAAAGCUUCGAUUCUCGCCUCCAAAUCUUCUUCAACAUGGUCAACAAAAAUGGAGACGGUAGAAUCACAGAGAACGAAGUAAAAGAGAUAAUUAUAUUAAGUGCAUCGGCAAAUAAUCUAUCAAGGUUGAGAGAAAGAGCAGAAGAGUAUGCAGCAUUGAUCAUGGAAGAACUGUCUCCUGAUGGGCUCCCCUCUCAGUACAUAGAGUUAAAGGAUCUAGAGAUGCUACUACUACACAAGGACACACCUCAAAGUUACAGCCAACCGUUCAGCCAAACAAGCCGAGCCUUAAGCCAAAACCUAAAGGAUAUGAGAUGGGGAAUAAGUAGGAGCUUGCUAUACUCUUUCCAAGACAAUUUGAAGAGGAUUUGGGUUUUGACACUAUGGUUAAUGAUCAUGGUCGUGUUGUUUAUGUGGAAAUGCGUUCAGUACAAACGCAAAGACGCAUUCCAUGUAAUGGGCUACUGUCUUGUCGUGGCGAAAGGCGCUGCUGAGACAUUGAAAUUCAAUAUGGCUCUUAUCCUUCUACCCGUUUGCAGAAUCACCAUCACCUAUCUUAGAUCUACCGCUUUGUCCCACUCAGUGCCUUUCGAUGACAGUCUCAACUUUCACAAGACUGUCUCUGUAGCAAUCAUCAUUGGAAUGCUUAUCCAUGCAUCUAGUCACCUGGCAUGUGACUUCCCAAGGAUUGUAACAGCUACAGAUGUUGAUUACAAAAGAUACUUGGUUCAUUACUUUGGUGUGCCCAGACCAACAUACUUUGACUUGGUUAAAGGUCCAGUGGGAAUCACUGGAUUUAUAAUGGUUAUAUUUAUGUUAAUUGCAUACACAUUGGCUAGUCGAAGACUCAGACGGAACCUAACUAAGUUGCCAAAGCCAUUUGAUAAGCUAACUGGAUUUAAUGCUUUCUGGUAUUCACAUCACUUGCUUCUAGCUGUUUACGUCUUGUUGAUCAUUCACGGUGUUUCCCUCUUUCUCGAGCAGACAUGGUACCACAAGACGAUAUGGAUGUAUCUUGCUUGUCCAGUUUUACUCUAUGGUGGUGAAAGGAUGCUGAGAUUCUUCCGUUCCAGGCUAUACAGCGUUGAGAUCUGCAAGGUUGUAAUUUACCCCGGAAACGUUAUUGUGCUACACAUGUCUAAGCCUACAUCAUUUGAGUACAAGAGUGGACAAUAUAUAUUUCUUCAGUGUCCUGCUGUAUCAAAAUUUGAGUGGCAUCCAUUUUCUAUUACAUCAUCCCCUGGAGAUGAUUACCUCAGCAUUCACAUCCGUCAGCUCGGUGAUUGGACAGAAGGGAUUAAGAAGGCGUUCUCAGUAAUAUGUCAAGCACCUGAUGCUGGAAAAAGUGGACUACUCAGAGCAGACGGACCAAACAAAACAAGUUUGCCAGAGCUGUUGAUAGAUGGACCUUAUGGCUCUCCAGCGCAAGACCAUUGGAAGUACGAUGUGUUAUUACUCGUUGGCCUUGGGAUAGGGGCAACACCUUUCAUUAGCAUUUUGAGAGAUUUACUCAACAAGAUUGUUAAGCAACACGAAAAAGCUGAAGGCCUUUCGGGUAGCUGUAGUAACAGCAAUGUGUCGUCGGAUCAAAGUUUCAGUUGCUUAAACUCAGAACCUGGGAAUUCGAUUUCAACAAAUCGAACGGGAAUGUUGAAUACCAAGAACGCUUACUUUUACUGGGUAACACGUGAACAGGGCUCGUUCGAUUGGUUUAGACAAAUCAUGAGCGAAAUUGCUGACUCUGAUAUAAAGGGUGUUAUUGAGAUGCACAACUACUUGACGAGUGUGUACGACGUUGGAGAUGCUCGAACUACUCUUCUCACCAUGAUCCAAACGUUACACCACGCCAAAAAUGGCGUUGACAUGUUUUCUGGAACUAAGGUACGAACACACUUUGGGAGGCCGAAGUGGAAGAAGGUUUUAUCAAAGAUUAGCACCAAACAUAAGAAUGCAAGAAUUGGAGUGUUCUAUUGUGGAGGACCGAGUUUAGGGAAGGAACUCUCCACAUUGUGCCAUGAAUUUAAUCAAACGGGAUGUUCCAGGUUCGAGUUCCGCAAAGAACAGUUUUAAGGGUAAAAAUGAUAUGGCUCCUCUACAAUGUGGCUUUUGAAUCAAUCGAAUCAAGUAUAUUGGUAUACAUGUAAAAUUAAUGUUCAUGAUUUUCUUCGCUUCAUUCA